UGUGGGACUCUACACCGGACCUGUUGCAUCUGAAGGACAGGAUAUUCAGGACACCAGUUUAUGAUUACGACUCCAAAGGCGUCCCGCGGAAGGAACAGCACGCAUGAUGCGUUUGCGGCGCUGCGGCUGUUCAAUGAAAGAAGAGACGCGCAGCAGAAGAGAUGGGUACCGUUCCUGGACUUUCACCUACCCGGUCUUGGGGAAAAUGCUGUGAGUGCGCCGUGCUGGCUCUACCUGUAGUGGUGCUUUGGAUUCAGCUUGGGGCCGCUUUUAACUUGGACACGGAGAACCGCGUCGUCUUCACUGGACCCCCGGGGAGUUACUUCGGCUAUUCUGUGGAAUUUUUCAAGAACUCAUCCAGCAUCAACAUUUUGAUCGGUGCCCCGAAAGCCAACACCAGCCAGCCCAACGUCACUGAAGGAGGAGCUGUGUACAUGUGCCCGUGGAGCCAAAAUAACUGCACCAUUAUCAGCUUUGACAAGCAAGGUGACCGGUAUUUUUAUAUAAAUGACGUGAACACUCAGGUUGAGUUCAAGUCUCAUCAGUGGUUCGGAGCUACUGUGCGUGCCCAUGGUAGCAGCGUCCUGGCUUGCGCUCCCAGAUACUACUGGAGGACUGAACACGACAUACCUUUCUCCGAUGUUACAGGAACCUGCUACCUCGCUGUAGACAACCUCAAAAGAUUUGUGGAGUUUGCACCAUGCCGAACAGAAAGACAUGGACCUGCUGGACAGGGCUAUUGUCAGGGGGGAUUCAGUGCUGACUUCACCAAGGAUGGGAGGGUUGUGCUUGGAGGACCAGGCAGCUUUUACUGGCAAGGUCAGCUGAUCUCUGCCACAACAGAGGAGAUUGUUAAGGCCUACUAUCCUGCCUACUUUCUGCUGUCGGUCGCUGGGCAGAUUCAAACCCGACAGGUGCAGGGAAGCUAUGAUGAUAGUUACCUGGGUUACUCUGUGGCUAGUGGUGAGUUCAGUGGGGAUGGUGAGGAAGAUUUUGUCACAGGAGUUCCAAAAGGACUCAUGCUGUAUGGUUUAGUGUCCAUAUUAAAUGGAAGUGAUCUGAAAUCUCUGCUAAACCUGACAGGGGAGCAGAUGGGGUCCUACUUUGGCUACGCAGUGGCAACCACUGACAUCAACAACGACGGUCUGGAUGACCUGGUGGUGGGAGCGCCGCUGUUCAUGCAUCGGGGGUCUAACGGGCGUCUGGAGGAGUUGGGAAAAGUGUAUGUGUAUCUACAGAGGGGUCCUCUGGAGCUGGAACCAAGUCAGUCUCACCUCCUGGGUCUUCAGGCCUUCAGCCGGUUUGGCACCUCUCUGGCCCCGUUGGGUGAUCUCAACCAAGAUGGUUUCAAUGACGUGGCUAUCGGCUGUCCGUACGGAGGAGACGACCAGCAGGGGUCGGUUUUCAUCUACAACGGUCAUGUUGGAGGACUGAAGGACACCCCCACUCAGACGCUCUCGGGCCAGUGGGCUUUCAGCUCUUUCCCGGCCAGUUUUGGCUUUACUGUGCGAGGCAACAAAGAUCUAGAUCAAAACGGGUACCCAGACCUGAUUGUCGGUGCUUUUGGGGUAGAUAAAGCUGUGCUCUACAGAGCUCGGCCAAUAGUGAAUGCCAGCGCGUCUCUCACAGUACAGCCGACCAUGUUCAACCAGGAGGAGAAGCACUGCAUGCUGACCACAGGGAAUAAAAGUCUUUCUGUGUCUUGCGUCAGCAUCACUUUCUGCCUGCUGGCUAAUGGGAAGCACCUCCCCUCUCAUCUAGGCUUCGUGGCAGAGGUGCAGUUGGACAGUGGGAAGCAGAAGCAGAAGGAGUCUAUCAGGAGGACUCUGUUCCUGGACAGCCAGCAGCCCAGCCUAGUGAAGACCUUUAACCUCACCAACAGAAAGCCCCUGUGUCACAACAGCAAUAUCUAUCUGCGGCCCGAGGAAGAAUUUCGGGAUAAACUGUCCCCCAUUUACAUCAGCCUUAACUUCAGUUUGGAUCCACAGGCCCCCCUGGACCAACAUGGCCUCAGACCCAUCCUCAAUUACGAGACAGAACAGCUCAUAGAGCAGAAGGCCCAGAUUCAGCUCGAUUGUGGAGAUGACAACAUCUGUGUCCCGGAUCUAAAGCUGGCUGUUUAUGGUGACAAGACAGAGGUUUACUUGGGAGACGAAAAUUCUGUGAGUCUGACCUUCAAUGCCAAGAACGAGGGAGAGGGAGGUGCGUACGAGGCUGAGCUCUAUGUGGCGCUUCCCCCAGAGGCUGACUACAGCGGGAUAGCACGCAACAACGUGAGCUUGACUCAGCUGACCUGCAGCUACGAGGCAGAAAACCAGACCCGCUAUCUCGUGUGUGAUCUGGGAAACCCCAUGAAGUCUGGUACCAGUCUGUGGGCUGGUCUUCGCUUCACCAUCCCCAGACUCAACGAUACUCACAAUACUGUUCAGUUUGAGCUCCAGAUACGAAGUAAAAAUGCAAAUAACUCUGAGAGUGAAGUGGUGUUUUAUGAGCUGAAGGUCUCUGCCAUGGCUGAUGUCAUUCUCCAGGGUGUUUCUCGGCCAGACAAAGUCAUCUUUCCUCCUCCCAACUGGACUGUGCGACAGGGUCUGGGGGAGGAGAAGGAGAUCGGCCCUGAGCUUCAGCAGGUCUUUGAGCUGGUGAAUAACGGUCCCAGUGUGGUGAGCCAGACUUCUUUAGUGGUGAAAUGUCCCCUGAAGGCUCAUGGUCACUGGCUGCUCUACCCUCUGGAGGUGGUCACUGAGGGUCCACUCAGCUGCUCCUCCAAAACAACCUUAAAUGCACUGAAACUUAAGCUUCAGCCUGGAGCAGUAGAGGGUCCAGCAUCACUGAAGUCCAAUGAUGAGCACCGCAUCCACAAGAGGGAGGUGCACAGAGAUCCUCUGGGUGAACAAGAAAACCUGACGUGCAGUACAGUGGAGUGCUGGCAGCUGCAGUGUAAUGUGGGGCUGCUGCAGAGAGGACGAAGUGUCAUCCUGACUGUACGCUCAAGAGUCUGGGCUGAAACGUUCAUGGAGCGAGCCUAUAAGCAGUACAUGCUGGAGUGCUUCGUUCACUUCAGUGUAGACAGGAUGCCGUAUUCUGUUUCUCCCACAUUAAAGCCAUCAGGAUCCAAAAAGGUGGCGACUGCUGUGAUGUGGAAUAAACCCAACAGUCAGUACUCGGUUCCUGUGUGGAUCAUCAUCCUGGCUGUUCUAGCUGGGUUGCUGUUACUGGCCUUGCUCAUAUACUUACUUUACAAGAUGGGCUUCUUUAAAAGAUCAGACCCAUACGGUACGACUAUGGAAAAGGCCAAACUCAAACCCCAGGCGUCCUCUGAAGCUUAGAUCUGCAACGGAGCCUCCACCUGCAGCUGUUCCAAAGAACUGGAAGUAUUGUCGCAUUCCCAAACAAAUAAUGGAAAUUCCUAAUGAUAAGCAGGCCACCCAUUCAUGAAGGGACAGUUAUGGGUGCUGUAUCACUGGAAGAUAAAAAUGUCUGGUGCUGCACUAAAACAUUACAGGGGUCACGCAGUUGGAUAUGCACUGCUGUUUGUUGGACAUUCCUCUGUGCAGUCAGAGACUUUUCUAGAAGCUCAUCCUGUCAUAUAGUACUCCUGCAUUGACAAUAAAGAAACAAAUGGACAUCCAACGAAAGGCACUAAAACGUCAGUAGUACAUGAAUGCAAAAAAAAAAAGUGUGAUUCAAGCCAUGUUUGUAAGCUUGGUGUUGAUGAUUUUGAAAAUUCCUGCUUAUGAAUGAUGCCUAAACCACUUGUUAUUUAUGGCACAAUGAUUUCCUAUUGAUUGUUGAAUGUUGUACUGUACUGUCUGCAGGAAAAAAAAAAAAUCAAAAAAAGCAACAUGACAAAUCUGCAGUGUUUAACUUGAAUUUUUCUCUCCCAUAUUGGGAGGUACUUUGUGUAUGAUGUAAUGCAUUCAUUGUGUUAUAUUGAUGUUGUGGCCCAGAAUAAAGCCUAAUUUUGUAUACCCACA